AUGGCCCCUCCAAAGGUCUUUUCACUUGAGGGCAAAGGCCUCAAAUUAGACACUGCUGAAGAUAUCGAGGCMCAUAUCAAGCCAUUGAUUGAAAGCACUGAUUUCACGGAGAUUCGUCUGGGUGGUAACACCCUCGGUGUACCAGCCUCGGAACGCCUGGCCCCCGUACUUGCUUCGCAGAAGAACCUCGAAGUCGCCGACCUCGCUGAUAUCUUCACCUCGCGCCUGCUCUCCGAAAUCCCCCAGGCUCUGACUGCCCUUCUCAAUGCGCUGCUUGAGAUCAAAACUCUCCACACCGUCAACCUUUCCGACAACGCGUUCGGCCUGAACACCCAAGCGCCCCUCGUCGAUUUCCUCUCCCGCCACGUGCCCCUCCGCCAUCUGAUCCUGAAUAAUAACGGGUUGGGUCCCGCUGCCGGUACGCUUAUUGCGGAUGCGCUCACAAAACUUGCGGAGCGCAAGGAGGAGGCCCGCAAGGCCGGCGAGGAGAUUCCUCUUCUGGAAAGCAUUGUUUGCGGACGGAACCGAUUGGAGAAUGGCAGUAUGGAAGCCUGGGCACGUGCCUACAAGGUACACGCCGCUGGCAUCCGCUCCGUCAAGAUGACACAGAACGGUAUUCGUCAGGAGGGUAUCUCUCUGCUUUUGAAGGAGGGUCUCCGUCACGCUAGCGCCCUGGAGGUUUUGGACUUGCAGGACAACACGUUCACCAUCAUGGGAUCUACUGCUCUCGCCAGUGUUGUGGCUGGAUGGCCCUCUCUGCGUGAACUCGGCGUCGGCGACUGCCUGCUAUCCGCCCGCGGUGGUGUCAAGGUCGCUCAGGCUUUGGCGGAGGGCAAGAAUCAAAGCAUCCAGACUCUGCGUCUGCAGUACAACGAAAUUACGGCAGAGGGUGUGAAGCAAUUCUUGCACGCUACGAAAACCGCCCUUCCGGCUCUUCGCCGCAUCGAGCUGAACGGCAACAAAUUCUUCGAAGACGACCCGAAUGUGACAGAGUUGCAGGAGGUUUUGGAGGCGCGCAAAGAGGAGCACGGUACCGAUGAUGAUCCGGAGGACAUGUGGGGUGUGGAUGAGCUGGAUGAGCUUGAGGAGGAGAGUGAAGCCGAGGAGGAGGAAGAGGAAAUUGAGGAGGCCGAAGAAGAAGAGCUGGAAGAGCGCAAGGCCGACAAGUUCCUCAAGGACAACGUGAAGGCGGAAGACGAGACGGUCGCUCAAAGACAGGACAAGGAUGUCGAUGCUCUCGCGGAGGCUCUGGACAAGACUGCUCUGUAG